AUGCCCAACACCAAAACCGUACACGUUCCUCACCUGGGCGGCAUUGAUGCUGCCUACCAGAUGCCUCACCCAUACGACCCCGCAAAGCCCACCCUUGUGCUGGUCAAUUCAUUCACCACCUCGUCUGAAUUGUAUAGCAAGCAGUAUGCGAAUAAUGAGCUUACCAAUAAAAUGAACCUGGUCGCGAUUGAGCUUCUGGGCCACGGCCAGACGCGCACUAAGCGCGAACACUGGACAUACUGGGAUACGGCAGAGAUGAAUCUCCAGGUCCUGGAUGCCCUGGAUAUCGGGAAAGCUUUUGUGCUGGGAACGAGUCAGGGCGGUUGGGUUACGGUUCGGAUGGCGUUGAUGCGACCGGAAAAGAUUAUCGGUGUCAUCCCACUAGGCACGUCUAUGGACUAUGAGUCUGAACAAACUCGCCAACUUGGCUGCUGGGAUGCUCCCAGUCUCAUCGCUCCAACUAUCGAUGCUUUCACAUCGAAUGAAUCAACUCCGGACUUCGAGCCACCUCUCGCUUACUGCGACAUGCUAGUUAACACUGGCUUUGGCGAGGAUUGUCCGGCGGAGACGCGCGAGUACUGGCGCAAGACCAUCCGUGAGAACUAUCGCGGUAAUGACGGACGGCGCCGGCUUCGCAUGUCGGCGAUCAACUUGAGAGACCGAGACGGGUUGCACUCGAGGUUGUUUGACGUGAGGUGUCCGGUGUUGUGGUUGCAUGGAACGAAAGAUGUGGUCUACUCGCUCACCAAUGCACAAAGGGAGAUUGGGUUGUUCGUGAAUUCUCCAGAUGCGAGGCUCGUGCCGAUUGAUGGAGGUGCUCACUUCCUGAGCGCCUCGAAUCCCGAGGAAGUUGAUACGGAGAUCUUGAAGUUUGUGACGAAGUACAGCCAGUGA